AUUUGCCAAACCAGUGCUCUCCUGAUCCUUGUCACAAAGAGGGGACUGUCAAAUGUGAGGACCUCAAGGGAGACUUCUAUUGUGAAUGCAAGCAUGGCUGGCAGGGAAAAACAUGUGAUAAAGAUAUUGAUGAAUGCAGAACACAGAACGGUGGCUGUAACCAGCUCUGCAUCAACAAGCUCGGCAGCUACCGCUGCUCAUGCCAGAGUGGCUACGCUCUUAAAGACAGCAGAACAUGUGAAGACAUAGAUGAAUGCACAACAUCAGCAGACAUCUGUGGAGAAGCUCGCUGUAAAAAUCUCAUAAGCUCCUACGAAUGUCUUUGUGACGCAGGCUACAAGUACGAUGACGUGAGAAAGACAUGUCAGGAUAUAGAUGAAUGUGAAGAAAAGCUCUGUGAACAGACCUGUGUCAACUUGCCAGGGAGUUACACCUGUCACUGUGACGGCAGAGGGGGAGUAAAACUUUCUCAGGACAUGAAUACAUGUGAGAACAUCAUACCAUGUGUGCCUUUUGCUGUGGGAAGAAGUGUUAAAUCCCUGUACCUGGGGAGGAUGUUCAGUGGCACUCCUGUUAUCAGGCUGCGCUUCAAAAGGAAACAACUGACGAGACUUGUGGCUGAGUUCGACUUUAGAACCUUUGAUCCUGAAGGUAUCCUUUUCUUUGCUGGAGGCCAUCAAGACAGCACAUGGAUAGUGUUGGCUUUGCGCAAAGGACGACUAGAGCUGCAGCUGAAGUACAAUGGAAUAGGCCGUGUGACCAGCACUGGACCAGUCAUCAACCAUGGCAUGUGGCAAACGAUCUCUGUUGAAGAACUCGAAAGAAGUUUGAUUUUAAAGGUCAACAAGGAUGCAGUUAUGAAAAUAGCUGUCUCAGGGGACCUGUUUACUCUAGACAGAGGAGUGUAUCAGCUGAAUUUGACAGUAGGAGGCAUUCCUUUCAAAACAAAGGACCUUAUUCUACCGAUAAACCCUCGGCUCGAUGGUUGCAUGCGGGCGUGGAACUGGCUGAAUGGGGAGGACACAUCAAUCCAAGAGACCAUAAAGAUGAGUGAAAAGAUGCAGUGCUUUUCUGUAGCAGGACGAGGGUCUUUCUAUCCUGCCCGAGGUUUUGCUGUGUUUAAUCUUACUUAUG